GUGUGCUUCCAUCCUAGAUGCCUUAGGGCCACGUCAGCUGCCCCAGAGGACUCAUUCCUGGUGGCCAGAAGUUGCCAAGCAACUCACAUGUGUUUGGCAGGCUCCCUUGGAGUCUUCAGCUCCCAGUGACACUCCUGGAAAUCCAGUCCUCCGACCUACUCAGCUGGCAUCCUCCUCAGCAGCCCACCGAGCAAUGGAGGCCCCGGAGGUCCCCGUGGGCUCACUGAUUGACUUUGAGACAGAGCCAUCCGCCUCCUCACCUGUGGAGGCACUGCCACCAAAGCUGCAGGAUGGGGACAGCGGGUCGGAGAGUGAGACCACGGAGUCAGCAGACAGCGAGAACGACAUGGGCGAGUCGCCCUCUCACCCAUCCUGGGACCAGUACCGCCGCUCCUCCUCCAACGAGUCCUUCUCUUCCAACCAGAGCACGGAGUCGGCCAAGGACGAGGAGGCCCUGGAGCUCAGGGAGUUCAUGCGUGGCUACGUGGAAAAGAUCUUCUCUGGAGCGGAGGACUUGGACCAGGAGGAGAAAGCUAAGUUUGGGGAGUACUGCAGCAGUGAAAGUGGAAAAGGCCGGGAGUGGUUUGCUCGAUAUGUGAGCGCCCAGCGCUGCAAUUCAAAGUGUGUCUCAGAGCCGACCUUCUACCGCCUCGUGCAGUCGUUUGCGGUGGUCCUGUUCGAGUGUCAUCAGAUGGAUGACUUCGGGCCUGCCAAGAACCUCAUGACCAUGUGCUUCACUUACUACCACAUCGGCAAACCACACCUGCUUCCCUCAGAGUCCAAGGAGAAGCCUGCAGGGAGCAUCGACUCCUACUUGAAGUCCGCCAACAGCUGGUUAGCGGAGAAGAAGGACAUCGCCGAGCGGCUGCUGAAGAACACGGAGAACGUCAAGGGCUUCUUCGGGGGGCUGGGACCCCUGGUCAGGAAAAACGAGGAGGAGGAGAGCAAGCCCAAGGACAAGCCGCAGAAGACUGUGACCGUGUGCAGCCCGGAGGAGGAGAGAAAGGGGGAGAAGAUCUACCUGUACACGCACCUGAAGCAGCAGCCCAUCUGGCACACGCUGAGGUUCUGGAACGCGGCCUUUUUCGAUGCUGUCCACUGUGAGAGGAGAAAGCGGUCCCCCACGACCAGAGGGGAUGCUGGAGAGGAGGAGAAGAAGAGGGAGAAGUGGUGCCACAUGACGCAGGAGGAGCGCGACGACAGCCUGCGGUUCAACGAGAACAUCACCUUCGGGCAGCUGGGCACGUUCACUCACAACAUGCUGGCCUUCGGGCUGAACAAGAAGCUGUGCAAUGACUUUCUGAAGAAGCAGGCUGUGAUCGGCAACCUGGAUGAAGAGCAAUACAAGCUGCUGAGCGACCACAUCGAGCAGAUGGCCGCCGAGUAGGCCACAGGGUCGCCCAGGGCACUCCUCAGGACCGGGGGCACCGCUCUCCUGGGCCAGCGACUGGCUGUCACCCACCUGAUGACCCUGCAUGACAUCGGCAGCACCCAGCGCCACCCCACGCUGCCCCAGAACUAGCGGUUAGAAGACCCCGGCUGCCCGCCCCCCCACCCCCUCUGCCUAUGUCUACUUCCCCGUUCACGUGCCAAAGUGUCCCUGGAUUGCGUGACUAGAAUGAGGUGACGUCCACCCUCCCCAGUGCCAGGCCUGCGACGUGGAAUUGAAGGAAGAGGAAGGAGGCCAGGACCAGGGUGGGCACAGGGCAGUGUCUGCCCACAGCCCCUGCAGGAGAGGGGGUGCGUGGGAAUGUACAGAGGGCAGCCCCGAGCCGGCCACGACUGACACGGCAGCUGGGAGACGGUCCAGGCUCUGCUUCAGGCCUGGGCAGGGCAGAAUCCUAGUCGGCUCCUGCUGAGCGGCAGCGUGUGGCGGGCGGGGGCCCUCUCAGUGUAGGUCCACGCUGGUGCUGGCUUUUCCUGGCUCCUCCCGCCGAGUCACAGGAACCUCGAGGAGGUUCUAAUUUAGGGAGGGAGAGAGGCCAGCGCAGAGGGCCUGGCCACAGUCAGUGUGGAGCACCUGGAGAGGUCCCCGCAGCUAUCACCCCAGCGAGGAGUCUGCGUCGCCGUCGGAACUGUUCCUGGUCAGCUGGCAGCUUCCUCCUCUUGCUCGCUGGGAGUGGCCUCGGCCGUCUGUCCCAGGAAACAGCACAGGAAAGAGAUUUCUUCAGUAGCUGCAAGACAACCGCCCUUUCUAAAAGUGCUGCUCUUUAUUUCAAAAAAGGGAAAAGGCGUUACACAGCCGGGCACAGGCGGCUCCUGGUGGCGGUUGUGUGAGGCCCGCUAGCAGAGAGCUUCAGGGUUUUGGGCCCUCCACCCCUGGCAGCCUCGGGGAGGCGCCUUUCCCUGCUGCAGCCCAGGCCCCAUUGAGCUCUUUCCUGCAGACCCUGCAGAUGACCCCUCCCCCAUCCGGUGCCUGGGAAGCAGGCUCCUCCCUGAGUGUGUACCAGGCACAGCACACCAGCCAAGCGCGCUAAAGUCCGGCCUGCAAGCGUCCGGCAUGCUGGCUCCUCCAGUGGGAAUUCUCAGCCUCAUUCCCUAUGCCGCCCGCCCAUCACUCAUGGGCACUGACCUUCAAAUGGGCUCCUGGGGCUCUCUGUCCCCGUCCUGUUUUCCCUACUACCUCCUCCAGCUCGAAACCACAGCACAUUACUGUCUGCUCUCGAGCACAGUGGAUCAUGCCUGGUAGUCACGUAUCCAGCCAGUGCUCGAAUGGGUUCCUGAUGGAAUGCCUCCCUGGAAGGUUCCAGAGAAGAGCCGGUGUUGGUGGAGCCAUUGAACGCACGUCUGGAUAAUCAUGAGAAGCCCCGUGAAACGUGUGGUCUGAGUGUGUGGCGUAAAUGUCAGCCGAAAGAGCUUGUGUGUGUGUGUGUGUGUGUGUGUGUGUGUGUGUGUGUGUGUGUGAGUGUGUGAUCAGCUGCUCUGGCGAUGUCACUAAGCACAGCUGUGCUGCUGGUUUGCCUGCCGUGUGUUGGAAGGUCGUGCAGGCUGGCGUGUCCCGCCCUCAGCCCCACUGCUGGGCCCCAGUGAUGGCACGUGUCUCUACGAGUGCAUUUCGGAGGAAUGACAGAAUGGAUGGGUGUGUGCACCCCCUCUCCAAGGCCUCCCUCAGGUAAUGCAUCCCCCUCAACCACUCAGCCCUGAGCCCUGGAUGUGCUGCUGUGCCCCUCCCCACCCUCUGUAAGACCAGGGGCUCCCUGUGGUCGGUCCGAGCCCUGCAGGGCUGCGGGAGGCCCCUCAGCUUGCUGGCUUGGCUUUAGCAGCCGUUUCUUAGCAGUUAGCUGAGAUGCAUUAAGACUUCAAGACGCCCCGAGGACUCAUCCCUGUGCUCUGAGGUGUUUGUGUGGAAGCUUUGGUUUGCGCUGAUUUCUGGAGGAAGACGGUGCAUUCGGAGACUUUCCCAGGGAGCUGCCGGGUGGGGCGGGAGCACACGGCCUUCGGAAGGAAAUGCAGCUUUGGCCUCUGUGGGCUUUUCCACACACUUUAAUUCCCAGAUGAUCUGGAGAUACUUUUAAUCAAUAGGCCCCUGGAGAUGGCAGCUGAAGGUGGAAGGAAGGGUUGCUUUGUGUUCCCCUCUCACUCCUGUUCUCAUAGAUCGCGCUCCUCGCAGGGGGGUAAGUCUGGCCCCAGAGGUGCUGCCUGUCAGGUUCAGCCCCACAAGGGAGCGCUGGCCAAGACCGUGGGCCCUCCUUGGCAUGGCCUUGGCGUGGCCCGACGAGGGGAUGGGAGGCUGCUCUGUCUCCCGUUGGCAGCUGCCUUUGGCCGAGCAUUUCGCCUCGGACUGCCUCCUGCAGGAGCGGCUCCUUAGAAGGAGGCUGGCAGCUUGCCUCACUGGAGUUUCCUCUCCUCCCUGUGACAUCGUCCCUUCUCUCCAGGGCCUGGCAGAGCAGAGGAGAGGGGCCCUGGGAGGAGCAAACACAGGGCGCACUCUCCGAGGCCCAACCGAGGAGCUGGCCCACCCAGUGCACACACAGGACGCUUUGGUCAUAGAGCUCUGAGCCCUUCCUGUAAACUCGGGAGCCUUUGCCUCGGAGCAGGAAGCUUCCGAUGGAGUCCAAGGAGAGAGGUUCUGGCCCCAGCAGGAGCAGUUUCCCAGGCUGGGGCUCCGCAGGCCUGCCAUUCGCAGUGCAGCCAGCUCUUCUGCUGGCUGCCCUCGGGCUGAGUCAUAGUGAGCCCAGACACGUAAUGCUCGCAAGUGAGAUGUUCCCUCCUUGGAAAACUGGGAGGUUGAAAUGCAGCCUUGUAUGUUUUUAAGCUUUGUUAUAGUUUUUGCAAUACUGGUGGGUGUUUAAGAGGGGCCACAUUAGUAUUCGGACUGCAACUGUGGUGUGUGUGUGUGUGUGUGUGUGUGUGUGUGUGUAACCAAAGGGAGGAGAGCCAAAUUCUGAUAUUGAAGUACUUUGUACAGUGGGAUGAGUAGACUGACCUAUUGCCAAAGGAAAGACAAGUGGGCCGAGGGGCUCUGACAUUACAAAAGGGCUGGGAAAGGCGUCACUUCUUAGUUCUGCACCAAAAUGAGGGCCUGGGUGUUUGGGUUAACCCUGCGGGCCCCGGGGAUGUCGGGCAGAGGCCAGGGCGGGAGUCAGAGGCACCACCUGUGGGUCCUGCUCUCGCCUCCCCAUGCCCAGGGAGACCACGGAUUCAUGUGGCUACAGGGCAGCAGCCGGAGGUUCGCUCUUUCACGGACUGUUUUAUGUGGUUAAUGUACCACCAGCCUCCUGAUGUGAGAAGCACAGCAUUCAGUCCACAGAGGAGUCGGCCAUGGGCUUUGUCUGGCCUGGGUGUUCGUGACCUGAGGUUAGGGCAGCCGUGGGCAAACUACGGCCCGCGGGCCGGAUCCGGCCCGUUUGAAAUGAAUAAAACUAAAAAAAAAAAAGACCGUACCCUUUUAUGUAAUGAUGUUUACUUUGAAUUUAUAUUAGUUCACACAAACACUCCAUCCAUGCUUUUGUUCCGGCCCUCCGGUCCAGUUUAAGAACCCAUUGUGGCCCUCGAGUCAAAAAGUUUGCCCACCCCUGGGUUAGGGCCACAAGCUGCAAGCCUGGCCCUCCUGGGCAUUACUGGGCCCUAACCUUUGGCUUUUUAAUUAGGGAGUAGCCAGGUAGACCCAUGGUUAGGCCAGCUUGAUUGCCAAAUUACCCAAAACUUAAGACAGCUAUGCAGCAGGGGGCUGAGUCCUUAGCCCAUAACUGGGGGAGCUUGGGAAUCAGGGAAAGGGCCGGAGGCCCAGCCCCAACCUAAGGAGACGGGUGUAGCAAGUCCCGCCCACCACGCCCAGCAGGUCCAAAGGUUUCAUUAAACCAACGGUCGCCAACCUUUCGGACCUCAUGGACCACCAGUGGUCCGCGGACCACUGAUUGGCGACCGCUGGUCUAGGGCUAAUCUCUCACCUUCCUCAACCGUAGAUGAAACUGCCCCAAGGCUUAUUCUUCUCGCCUCCUCCCUCACCUUCCCCGCCUUUGGUUCUCCUGAACCAUUGCUCUCACAGCUUGGCCGUCCCACCUUGCUUUUCUGUAAAUCCUUUAUUCCUUUUCAUGAUUCUCGGGGAUGUUUUACUUGAACGGCUUUCCGCCAAGCCUCCCGGUGAAGGGAAGGUGUAUGGACUGGUGUGCGGUGUUGAGGCCCCAGCAGGACAGGCUUACUCAGCCACACGGGCCAUGCGUCCGCACGUCCUUACCCCCAUGUGGCCGGGAGUAGGAGCGUGUUGGUUCUCCAGGAACAGACGGAGGAAUCAUUUCCAGGUGGCUCACACCCAGCGAAUACAGCCAAUGCUGAGACAAGGCAGGCUCUUGGGGCCUCCCUUGGGCGGGGUGUCCCUUGCCCUUCCUGGGCCUGUGCGUCUUGUGCUCCUCAGGAGGGAUGGAAGGAGCCCCCGGGGGCCAGCCUUUGUUCCCUGGGCAACCAACCUGGUGUCAGCCUGUGUCCCCAAGGCAGCCAGCUGGUGAGUGGAACCCCAGGAUUCAAGUGGGCAGUGCUCCCAGUGCCCGGUUCUUGGUUGCUGUGGGAAACUCAUCAUUUUCAGGAGCGAGCGGGAUGGUCUGGGCCUGCCCCUCCCAUCACUUACACACACAGCUCUCUCGGGGCAUCUGCCACAGGGGAGCCGAUCCUGGCUUGACCUGCAGGCUCCAGGUGUUGACAAGGCCAGUCAGACCUGAGCCCCGUAGCCUGGAGCUCCUCUGAGCUGCCCCUGACUGCGGUUUGCACUUUAACCAUAAAGAGGACUCCUGCUGGUGAAUCCCUCUGUCCUGUGGUCAGUCCUAGGAUGGGGGGGCUGUGCCUGUCCUCCCCUGGGCCCUGGGCCAUGUGCUCGUGCAAGGAGAACGGGACAUGGGAUGUGCAUGGCGGUUCCACACGAGGCCUGAUGGGUGGGGUCCUGUCAUGGAGACAGUGAGAUCAUGAGCGAGCCCGGGGCUGUCACUUCCCAGGGACACCUUAAAGACAGGACAAACAUUUGACACUAGAAAAUGCCAGUAUUUCAAACAACAGACACGACCCCUGAGAACCUGACGUGGGUUAGAACAUCGGCCGCCUUUGUGAUGCACGUGGCUUCCAUUGGGCCUCGGGUGGGGUUUACACGCGCGCAGUCUCUGUUUUCUCUCUCACCCAGUUUGUCUCAGACCUAAGCUUGCGCCUGGCCAUCACCUUUAGAAGCUAAAGGUGGCGUUCAGGGUGCGGGUCUUCUACGUGUUGCAGUUUCACUGUGUGUCCCACCGGGUGAUGCUCUGCAAACUGUAUUUUAAGGUUGAGAGAGUUUCACGGUGAGGAUCUCAGAAUGUGCUGAAGUCAAGCACUGCUUCUUGCUGGGAGGAGAAAGAAUGUCUGUACAUUGCACCUCGGAUUGUCGGAAGGUGGAAACUGAAAUAAAUUGUCAUUGAAGAAAAA